AUGUUGACUGAUCGUGGCGGCGGAAUUUCUCAGGAGGCGGUCUCCGGAUUCGAGAGCGUGGAUGAACUCCAGUCCCAAGGUAUCAACGUGCAGGACAUUAACAAGCUCAAAGCCACCGGUAUCUGCACCAUCCUGUCCGUGUCCCAAACCACUCGACGCAACCUUCUCAAGAUCAAAGGCCUGUCUGAAGCCAAGGUAGAAAAGCUCAAGGAGGCCGCAGCCAAAAUGUUACCUCCCACUUUCGCUACGGCAGCCGAGAUCGGUCUCAGGAGGGAAUGUUGCGUGAUGAUCACUACUGGAAGCAAGACCGUUGACGCGAUGUUGGGCGGAGGGAUACAGACGGGCAGCUUGACUGAGGUCUUCGGAGAAUACCGUGACACCCAGCUCCCUCUCGAAAUGGGUGGUGGAGGGGGUAAAGUCGCGUGGAUUGACACCGAAGGGACGUUUCGCCCGGAACGGCUCAACGCGAUCUGUGACCGAUUUGGCGUUGACACGACGGCGGCGACCGGGAACGUCAUUUGCGGCAGAGCGUAUUCCUCGGAGCAACAACAUGACAUGUUGUUCGAGUUAGCGCAGAGAUUCGUUGAAGAUCGAACCUUCAAACUUCUGGUCAUCGAUUCGGUGAUGAACCUUUUUCGUUCCGAUUUCAGUGGAAGAGGUGAACUGAGUGAAAGACAACAGAAAUUAAAUGCCUUUUUGUCGAGACUCGCGAAAAUGGCAGAGGAAUUCAAUAUCGCUGUACUCAUGACCAACCAAGUACAAGCCGAUCCCGGAGCCACGGCGAUCUUCGCGGGCCCAAGUGCUAAACCUAUCGGAGGCCACAUUUUGGCUCAUGCGUCUGCGACUAGGAUUCAGUUGCGCAAAGGACGUGGGGAAGAGCGGAUCGCGAAAUUGGUAGACAGCCCUUGUCAACCGGACGGCGAGUCCACUUAUGCCCUAAGGGUAGGGUAAGUGUACUCCUAAGCGCGACCUAGACCGUCUACAAUGUACUGACGGAAACACUAUCUGGCCUAUACAGCGGUUGGGAAGACGUCUAAGUGUAGGCUCCGCGAGAAAACAAGGGAGAACCGGACGGCGAACAUAUAGGAUCACAUCAUUGUAUCUCAAUCAUUUCUUUUUACGCUUCGGCCAAGAGCCGGACAGCUCGUAUGCCGAGCAAAGAAUGUCAC